AUGUAUUUAAUCACCGCAGGGGGGCCUUACAGCCUUACUGGGAAGCCGACAACUGGCAAUACACUACCAGGCCGGGGGUUCACUGGAUCUUGUGGUCGGACAAGGCGGUAUGGUAUGGGUCUAAUGGCAUGA